AAAAAUAUAUAUAUCCUAAUUCAUGGUUGGUACAUACUUUUUCUACAGUUGGUACUUAGCAAUGAGUAGCCACUACCAUUUAUUUUGGUAAUCGGUAUUCGGUAGUAUUUUUUCCAUUGCCUAGUUUAGCUAUUUUUCUUAUAUUCCAAUUAAAAGGUACCUUGCCAGUUGCAAUAGCAAUUUGCAAUUAUUUACUCGUUAGAUACCAAGUUAUUGAUCGUGCCGAGUGCCGACUUAAGGGUUAGAACAUAAAGAAAUUAACAACGAAGAAUCUACAUCUGAUUCUUCAAAUAAUAGAGGAUUGAUGAACAUGGAUGACAGAAAUUCAUCAUCUGAUGAAAACACCAAUUUGAACAAGCAAUAUGACUGUAAAGCUAUGCUUAAAGCAUUUGAUGAUGCAUUUGAAACAAUUUAUGGCAAUAAUGAAGUGAGUUUUAUUCAAAUCCACCAAAUUGCUGAAGAAUUGCAAGCAAAUUGUAUACGUAUGAUAAAUUUAGUCAAAACUCAAAUCAAAUCAGCUGAAAUUGAAGAGUUAAAAUCUGAAUUUAAUUUACUAGAGAACGAAUCUCUUACUACUAUAAAUAAGUUACAACUUGAAGUCACAAAACUAAACUUGCAACUUAAACAGCAAACUUCAUUUAGUUCUAUUAUUGGGUUAACAUUUUGUUACUCUUUGUCGAAAGCAACACAAGUACCUUCAGCAAUUGAUAUGGUUUUACAAGAAGAUAACAUGACAAAUAUGGCUAAAUUAAUAACUAAUAUACUUAGUUCUUUUAUUCGAAGUUAUAAUAGUAAGAUGCCAUCAAUAAAAACAAAUGAAAUGAAAUUUGUGCUACAGAUUUUAAGAAUAAUAGCUAACCUUACAACCACAAAAAGUGGUUGUCACUUUUUUUCACAAGUUAAUGAUGGAAUUAAUAUUGUUAAUCUUAUUGUGUCUUUGGUGGUGUAUACACCUCCUUCACUUGGUAUUUUAAAGAAGAUUACUUAUGCAACAUUGUAUAAUGUGAGUAAUCAAUUUGAUGGACACAUGCUGAUGGAAAAUAAUAAACUUAUACAAACAAUAAAUAGCGACAUAAAAGUAGUUCCUACUAAGGGCAAUAACAGUAUAAUAUUGUUCUCUUUAAAUUUACUUCUUUCUCUAACUGAAAAAAUUAAUAAAUCAAUGUAUAUAAUUCUUAAAAAUGAAAUAAAUUUACAAGAAAUACUCAAACUAACAAGGUAUACAGAGACAGCAUCUGCGGCUAGAAAAAUAUUUGAUAACAUUAAAACUGCAAGUGAAAAAUAUAAUGAUUAAUUUGAAUUACUAUUAGAUAAAUGUGAAAUA